AUGUCCGGUUUCUCCUUCGAAUCGGUAUUUUGUGGAUCAGAUGCCCCGUUCAGACCAUCGAUGACAGAAAGACCAAACAGUCCAGUUAGCAAGUUAGCAAAAAGCAAAGCAGAAUUGGAAAUGUUCAUGAGAAAAACACCACUCAUGGUUCUCGAAGAGGGAGCGAAAGGCUCUUUCCAACAAACGCCUUCGUGGGCAUGCUCAGAAAUUCCAAAUACUGUUGGUCUAGAAUUCGAAAUGACAUUGAAUUUGAGAGGAAAAACUGUGAAAGCUCGAGGAAACAGCAAAAAAAUUGCAAAGCAGAAGGCUGCUCUCGAUUAUCUUCACCAUAUGGUCAAUGAUGGUAAAAGUGCCGAGUUCUCGAUUCCAGGUGAAACUGCUGAAGAAGCUCAUGCUAACCUAAAUACUAUUGCCGAAAGACCAGUUGAGGAGCCGAAGCGGGCAGCAGCAGCAGUGUCCGUAAAAGAUGUGGAUAAGUCUAUCCCAACUGCCAAAUCAUUCCCAGAAAAUGUCCCAGAGAAGAACUAUGUUGGAGCUUUACAAGAAAAAUGUCAAAAACACAAAUUAGAAGCUCCUGCUUAUGAAGAUAGUAAAAUCGAAGCAACUUCCGAGUUUAUGGUUACAUGCACGAUGGGGAAUCAACAAACAAGAGGAAUCAAACCAAAAAUCAAGUUAGCGAAAAAUCUUGCGGCCUGGCUCAUGCUGAAAACAUUAGAAGAAGGAGUUGAAGCAGUUCAAGCAUUCGAUUUAACUGAGCAGUUUGACGAGUUAGAAGAAGAAGAAGACCGAGCGACUGCUCAGAAGGCAGCUUUCGAAACGAAAGAUAAAAAGUCUACUCUAAUCGACCUUCUUUCUGAUAAAGCAAGAUUCGCUGACUACAGAAUGGAAUUUGUGUACCCUAGCGUCAGCACUCAUGGAGUUCAUCAAGUUCUUCUGAACGUUUUUAUUUCUCGACCAGUCAGUCCAGACGAUGAUUUGCAAAUUGGAGCCGAACACACACAAACUGAAGAGAUCAUGAAAGCCACUGCGGAGAAGGAACGGGAGCAGAAAAAAAAUAUGCCAGAUGUGACUCAAAAAACAUUUUCUGGUCAUGGUCCUUCUGAAGAAGCCGCUCAGCAAUGCGCAUGUAAAUCGGCACUCAUCCAUUAUUAUACAUUCGACUUCACGAAUUGA